AUGUCCCUGGAAAUCGAGUCUUCCGAUGUGAUCCGUCUGAUCCUGCAGUACCUGAAGGAGAACGGUUUACAUCGGGCCUUGGCUACCUUACAAGAGGAGGCUGCCGUCUCUCUGAAUACAGUGGACAGCAUCAAGAAUUUCGUGGCUGACAUUCAUAGUGGCCGUUGGGAUACUGUCUUACAAGCUAUACAGUCUCUGAAAUUGCCAGACAAAACCCUCAUGGACCUCUACGAACAGGUUGUUCUAGAACUGAUAGAACUCCGAGAAUUGGGUGCCGCCAGGUCAGUUUUGAGACAGACUGACCCCAUGAGGAUGUUAAGAAAGACCCAGCCCGAGCGGUACAUUCAUCUGGAGAACCUCUUGGCCAGGUCUUACUUUGAUCCUGGUGAGGCAUACCCAGAAGGAAGCAGCAAAGAGAAAAGAAGAGCAGCCAUUGCCCAAGCCUUAGCUGGCGAAGUCAAUGUGGUGCCUCCAUCUCGUCUCUUGGCAUUGCUGGGCCAGGCUCUGAAGUGGCAGCAGCACCAAGGGUUGCUCCCUCCUGGUCCCACCAUAGAUCUGUUUCGAGGUAAAGCAGCUGUCAAAGAUGUGGAGGAAGAAAAGUUUCCUACACAGCUGAGCAGGCAUAUUAAGUUUGGUCAGAAGUCACACGUGGAAUGUGCUAGAUUUUCUCCUGAUGGUCAGUAUCUGGUCACUGGGUCUGUUGAUGGAUUUAUUGAAGUAUGGAACUUUAUGACUGGAAAAAUCAGGAAGGAUCUUAAGUACCAGGCACAGGAUAACUUCAUGAUGAUGGACGCUGCUGUCCUCUGCAUGUGUUUUAGCAGAGAUACAGAAAUGUUAGCAACUGGGGCCCAAGAUGGAAAGAUCAAGGUGUGGAAGAUUCAGAGUGGACAGUGUUUAAGGAGGUUUGAAAGGGCACACGGUAAAGGUGUCACCUGUCUGAGCUUUUCCAAAGACAGCAGUCAGAUCCUUAGUGCCUCUUUGGACCAGACAAUCAGAAUUCAUGGCUUAAAAUCUGGGAAAACCCUAAAGGAAUUUCGUGGUCAUUCCUCCUUCGUUAAUGAAGCAACAUUUACACAAGAUGGACAUUAUAUUAUCAGUGCUUCCUCUGAUGGCACUGUAAAGAUCUGGAAUAUGAAGACAACAGAAUGCUCAAAUACCUUGAAGUCCUUGGGCAGCACUGCGGGGACAGACAUUACUGUCAACAAUGUGAUCCUGCUUCCUAAAAACCCAGAACACUUUGUGGUGUGCAACCGAUCAAACACUGUGGUCAUCAUGAACAUACAAGGCCAGAUUGUCAGAAGCUUCAGCUCUGGUAAGAGAGAAGGUGGUGACUUUGUUUGCUGUGCUCUCUCUCCUCGUGGUGAAUGGAUCUAUUGUGUGGGGGAAGACUUUGUGCUCUACUGCUUUAACACAGUCACUGGCAAACUGGAGAGAACUUUGACAGUUCACGAGAAGGAUGUGAUUGGUAUUGCACAUCAUCCUCAUCAGAAUUUGAUUGUUACCUACAGUGCAGAUGGACUUGUAAAGCUCUGGAAACCCUAAUUCACAUUUUAAAAAUCUAGCUUGAAGCAUGUACUUAAAUGAAGACAUACUCAUGUGUUUGUGUUUUCAGAUCAGCUUUCU